AUGAUCUUCGUCGGCACGACCCUGUCUAUUGUGGGAGUUAUGAUGCUCAGUCUCGCGGAUGCAUACUACCAGAUCUUCUUAAGUCAGGGUAUCUGUAUGGGUCUGGGGUUUGGGCUGUUGUAUAUCCCCAGUCUUGCACUGGUUAGUCGCGCUUUUGUGCACAAACGCGCUGUUGCACUCGGCGUCGCGACCAGCGGUGCCCCAGCCGGAGGCAUUAUCUAUACCAUACUGUUCGAACAGCUUCUACCACGUCUACAUUUUGCGUGGGCGGUGCGGGUUAUUGGCUUUGUUAUGCUCACGCUGUUUGUUACUGCUGCAUUUCUGCUGCUCUGGAACAGUUCCAAUACACAAGGAUCUGCGACUACCCCAGGCCGACCUCGAAAAUUAUUUGAUCUGCGUGCUUUCGGGGACGGGCCGUUUUGGAGCUAUACCAUUGCAAAUUUCUGCCUUUUCCUGGGUUACAUGACCCCUUUCUACUAUAUCCCGACCUAUGCGGAGACUAUGCUCGGUACCACACGGUCACUGGGGCUCUAUAUUCUUAUUAUCUCGCAGGCUUCUUCUAUCAUUGGUCGCGUGGCUACAACCACUGUUGCGCAUCACUAUGGAUCUAUGAUUCCUUGGAUCUUCUGCGGGUUGCUCUCGGGGGUUCUGUGUUUGUCUUGGAUCAGUGCGCACAGUGUGCUGCGUUUUAUCCUUUAUUCGGCCUUUUAUGGAGGUGUAUCCGGUGCUUUGAUCCCUCUUCCACCCAGCGUCUUCCCCCAUGUGUGUCCCGACCCAUCGGCCCUUGGAACAUGGCUGGGUAUGGCGCAAGGUAUCAGCGGCUUUGCGACUCUCAUUGGCGCACCCGUCGCGGGAGCAUUGGCUUCCAUUGGAUCAAGAGACAACGCAGAUUUGAACUUCGUGAACAUCCAACUCUUCGGUGGGAUUGCGAUGAUAUCCGGGGCAUUCCAAUUAAUGGGCCUGUGGUUCCUGCUGUACAAGAAGAGAGAUAAAAAGGGACUGUUCUGA